AUGGAGAAAUUGAAGUUCCCACUCUGCAAGUAUGACGGAUCCACGGAUCCGGAGGUCCAUUGCAACACGUUCGAGCAACAUAUGAUGCUGUACACAGAUUCCGAUGCCAUGUGGUGCAAAGUGUUUCCCUCGACACUGUUGGGAGUGGCGUCCGGGUGGUAUAAGGGACUGCCAAAGGGGUCAGUAUACAAUUACCGGCAGUUAGAAGCAGAGUUCAUGCUCCGGUUCAUCAGUCGGCAGCAGAGAAAGAAAACGUCAGGAGAACUGAUGGCAAUCACCCAAAGGAGCGGAGAGUCCUUAAGAGAUUACCUAACCAGAUUCAACAACGAAUCCACCAGCAUACCAAACUUGCAACAAGAGAUAGCUGUGGUGGCCCUGAUGAGAGGAAUGAACCACUGCGAGUUCAAAAAAUACUUGGGAAGGAAAUCCUUCACGGAUCUGGGAAACGCACUGGUGAAGGCCCAUGAAUACAUCAAAAGUGAUGAACUGAUGACAAUCCCAAACCAUUAUCAGUCGGCACCGACUAGAAAUAUCGCGCCAAGGCCUGCUCACCCGGCGCAGCAAAUUCAGAACAAGGGAUUCAGGAAGGAUGAUCAGAGGAGGGACCUCCGAGGGAGAGAUCACCAGAAACAGUCAACCAGCACCUACCCCACUUUCCAUGAAUACACCCCAUUGAACGCCCCAAGAGCCGCAAUUUACAAUAUCAACAAGAACAAAAACUGGGAAAGGCCUCCACCAAUGGGUGACAAACCCAGACCACAGUCGAAGUAA